AAUCAAUUAAGGUUGCAUUUCCUAUAAAAGGCCAUUCGUACCUUGAGUGCGACAAAAAUAUGGCGCUUAUAAACACAAAAGCUAAUGCUGAAAUUCCAGCUGACUGGAUGGAAAUUAUUGAGUCGGCCAGAUGUAAACCUUCUCCAUUCAAAGUAAUACCAGUGGACAAUUCUAUUACUCGUGAUUGGAUUGCCUUUUUUGAAAAAUCAUAUUUAAGAAAAUGCCCAUUUCCAUCACGCCCUAUUAGAGAACUCGAAAUAAGAAAAUCUCAUCCAAGAAUGAUCUUUCAUCGGGAUACAUUCAAUGGUCCUUGGUGUUCAACAGUAGUGACUCCUGCCCAACGAAAAACCAUUAGGGGCCCCCCACUGCAACCUGGUGAAUUUGUUCAUCCAUCGAGAGCUUACGAUGGACCUUUGACUCUUUCGAAAGAGAAACAUAAAGAUCUUAUGGCAUUGAAGAAAUUUUGCAGACCAGAAGCCAAAGAAUUUUUUGAAGCCUUGAAACAGCCAGAUUGAUGGACUACGGAUUUGGAUGUUUAUUUUGAGUUCAAUUUACUUCUAUUCUAUAUUUUUCCAAGAUUACUUCAAAUUUAACUCAUGUUUAUUUUAUGUACUUAUAAGUUUAUCUGCAUUAAAUCAUUUCAGUUGCAGUAUUUUCCAGAAAUUGUCUCGUUCUUUCCCAUCCCAAACCAGCGUCCAUCUGUUUGGAUGACUGUGAGCAAUAUUUCAGACUUCUAAUCAAGUGAAAAGUAAUUAAAGUUGAAGAAAAAUACUUUGAACUAAUCAUAUAACGUUUAAAAAACAAAGCAAAAUACUGCAAAACAAAAUUACGGAGUAUUGAACACAAAAAUAGACCUACUGGAUAAAAUGUUUUUUCGCACUUGGCACGUUCUUCCCCUUGGCGCUUCAUAU